UUGGAUUACAUGGAAUAUGCAGUUAUGGUGUUCUUUUCUAUUGAGUUACUCGCCAGAUUUUUGGUUUGUCCGUCCAAAUGCGACUACAUGAAGAAUGCGACCAAUAUUUGUGAUAUCAUUGCCCUGUUAGCUCUUUAUGUCAACGUCAUCGUUGAUAUCAUAUUGCCAUCACAACGUUACAGUAUAUCGUUGGCCGAUUUCAUAGAUUGCCUUCAAACAUUUCGUGUGUUUCGGUUCUUCAGAAUUGUGAAGGACGUAAUCGGUUUUCGUGUCCUGGUUUACACCAUUAAGAUGUCGACCAAGGAACUUUGCCUGCUUGUCAUGUACCUGUUACUCUGUGUUAUAGUCUUUUCUGGGGUCGUGUAUUACUGUGAAAGGGAUAACAUGAAGAGCAUACCAGAUGCUAUGUGGUGGGUUGUCAUCACUAUGACAACCGUAGGGUACGGAGACAUGUAUCCAAACACUUUCCUCGGAAGAGUGGUUGGUUCUUUGGCUGCAAUUUGUGGAGUUCUGUUGAUUGCUGUCACCAUCCCCGUAUUCGUCAAUAAUUUUAUUUUGUUCUACAGCUAUUCCAAGACAAUUAAUGCUACCAAAGCUUCUAAGAAGAAA